AGACUUCCGCUUCCUCGGCUGAGUUCCCUAGUGGCGUGUUUUUGUGUCACGAGAGCGCAGCUCCUAAAAAGCCACGUUUUGCAGAAGCUCCGCGUGCGUUCGCUCUACUGCAGAAUCGGAGAGACGUUGGAGUUGAGUCGGGAUCUGUGACGGCUCUUCAUGGCAGUCAGAAGGGGACACGUUAGAUACUCAAAAGAGGUCUAUGACAUGUCGAACGGUUACGAAGAUCACAUGGCCGAUGAGCCUAAAGAUUGCAAAACAAAUCUGAUCAUCAACUACUUGCCUCAGAAUAUGAGUCAAGAUGAGAUGCGCAGUCUCUUCAGCAGCAUUGGGGAGGUGGAGUCUGCUAAACUUAUUCGGGACAAAGUAGCAGGCCACAGUUUAGGGUACGGAUUUGUUAACUAUCUUAACCCUAGUGAUGCAGAAAGAGCAAUCAGUACUCUCAAUGGACUGAGACUACAGUCUAAAACUAUCAAGGUGUCAUAUGCCCGGCCAAGCUCUGACACCAUAAAGGAUGCCAACCUUUACAUCAGUGGGCUGCCUAAAACAAUGACGCAGAAGGACGUCGAAGAAAUGUUUGCACGUUAUGGCAGAAUAAUCAACUCCCGUGUCCUCGUUGAUCAAUCGUCAGGACUCUCUCGUGGCGUGGCUUUUAUUCGAUUUGACAAAAGAGCAGAGGCUGAGGACGCAAUUAAGGACUUGAAUGGACAGAAGCCACCAGGCGCUGCAGAGCCGAUCACUGUAAAGUUUGCUGCCAGUCCCAACCAAGUGAAAAACUCCCAAAUUAUUCCACCGAUUUACCACACACAGCCUCGCCGCUUCGGGGGGCCCGUCCACCACCAGGCCCAGAGAUUCAGGUUCUCUCCAAUGAGUGUGGACCACAUGAGUGGCAUGUCUGGUGUUAACAUGCCUGGAAACUCCUCGUCAGGCUGGUGCAUUUUCGUCUACAACCUGGGCCAGGACGCAGAUGAGGGCAUUCUGUGGCAGAUGUUUGGGCCCUUCGGUGCUGUCACAAAUGUUAAAGUGAUCCGCGACUUCAACACCAACAAGUGCAAAGGAUUUGGGUUUGUUACCAUGCCAAACUAUGAAGAGGCAGCCAUGGCUAUCGCCAGCCUCAACGGCUACCGCCUCGGGGACAAGAUUUUACAAGUGUCGUUCAAAACGAGCAAGUCGCACAAGUAGAAAGCAGGGUUGCCAGGAAAAUGAAGGAGAGAUGUUGUCUGAGAAGCCAGAGAAAUGAGCUCCGUUUUGAAAAAGAAAAACUUUUAUUUUUAGUGUAAUCAAGUCUUUGCAAAUGUUCACGUUUCUAAGUCUCGUUUAGACAUCUGUUUGACAGUUGCUUUUCAUUUCUUUUAAGAUUCAAGCUUGUUGGAUGCUUCAAGUGUUUUAGGCGUUCCGGUUUAUCCCAAUAUUUGACCAAUUUUGCAUUUGAUACAAAUUUGUGUCUCUGAUGUUAGCCUGAUAUUGUCGCUAUGUGCCAUAUGUGGUCAGACACCUCAUUCACCAGAAGCUGGAUUUAAAACUCAAGAUUCUUUUGUCUCUCUUUUGUCAGUAUCUACAUCCUAUAUAGCUCUUCAGUAUUUAUGAUGCCUUAAUUUGAUGUCAUUUGUUCCUGUUUGCCCUCAAUGUAGCACUUUUUGGUUUGGCAGGAAUCUCACGAUCCAUUUCACAACAGUUUGUUUAUUGAAAUCUGAGUUUUAAAUGCAGCAUGCUGAGUGAUUCACUGAGAAAAAGAUGUAAUUGUAAAGAAAGCAGAGUGUUCAGUGAGGGGGAAAUCUUUAAGUGACUUGUUAAUUUUUUGUAAGGGACCCUCUGAAUAGAUUGAUAACUAAGAAGGACCAAAGACAUGAAUGGAAGGUUUAGUUUCCCCCAGCAGAGGUGCAGGUUGCACAUCCCUAAGCAUUUUCCAAAAAGAUUUGGACAUCUGAAUACUAGGUACUGAGUAUUUCUGUAAAAAUGUAAUCACAAUUGAGCAUCAGCAUCCUAUGUUUAUGAUUUGCGUUUAUUUUUUUUUUCUUUCCCAUUUUGUUUCUCUAGGCUAAAACAUACUUUAAGUUUAGUUUGCUCAUUUGAAAAUAGACAUCCAGUACUAAUGCAUAUGCUUUUUAAGACUGCCUUGUGAUAUUUUUUGUGUUUUGUUCUUUUCUUUUUUUGCUUUUGUGUUCCUUUUUGAAAUCUUACAUUUUGUUUCACAUGGCAUUUACAAUCAUUAAAUUUUAUUUUGUUUUGCUCAACUUUUGUUUUAUUCCUUUAUUUUAUCUUUUAAUCAGUUCUUUAAUUUAUCCAUUUAUAGGUGCAGUGCAGUAUAAGUCAACAUAAGACCACGUCCAUAUUUACAGAUGCGGUUAGCUGAGUUUUUAGUCCACAAAGACCUCAUGAGAAAUACUAGAUAACCACAUUUUGAGGCCUUUUAGUAUUUAUAUUUCAGGCAUUGGACCAAAUGGUAAAUGUUCAACUUGGCUAUCUGACAAUGGUUUACUUUGAUUUGGCCACUGGUUUGCGGUUUAUUUAGCCUUCCUUGGUGGUUCAUAUUCAAUGUGUUUCAGAGGUUUUCAGCUGAAGAUCUCACCGCUGAGCAAUGGUGAAUCUACAACCGGGACAGCAGACUCACUCGUAGUCUUACAGUUGUACAGUCAUGCCCCCCAGCUUUGACUCCCCUGAGGUCUUCCAGAUAGCAGCUUGUAAAGCCCCACAUAGGUUCUCCUGUAGUUAGACAAAUCCACUUUUCCAAGACACCUCGUGUAAGAUUUUUGAUCAUUUUCAGCACAGACAGUUCUUAUGCUCCCUCUGCUACAAGACUUAAGGUUGGUAUUGUGUGUGUGUGUGCAUAUAUUUAUAUUAUUAGUGACUUAACAUUUAAUCCUAAUUGUCUGUUUUUGUACAGUGACACUAUAUUGGAUCUCGUCAAGUUUGUAAUAAGCAGCAGUUUACUAUACUCGGAUCAACCAGUGUCAUGUUACUUUAUGGUUCAUGUGAACCUAUUAGCAGCUUUAUAGCCACUGUUGGUUACAUGUCCUUGAUAUGAAACACUUAACCUUGGCAUUCUCUUUUUUUUGCACGUUUUGGCAUAUGUGCAAUAUUUAAAAGUGAUUUCAUAAUAAUUAGUAGUAAUUAUAGCAACCUUCUCCCCGUCCAUCUUUUUUUGAUAUCCUGAUGUUUCAAAGAUUACCCUGCACGUCAACAGAGAUGCCAGUUGUAUGAAAUAUCAAGUAGAAUUUACUGGAUGGUUGCUUGUUUUAAGCCUUAAUUUAUGUAGGAAAUACUGGAAGAUUACUGAAUUGUGGAAUUUAUUUAGCUUACUGUGUACGGUUUUAUGUGUUGAUAUUGAUGAGUGUGUCUUAAUUUUUUAAUGAAAUACUUUUUAAUUCUACAGUGAACAUCUGUUAUGAGCUACUGUCUAACAUGUAGAUGUGAAAUAAAAUAUCGGCCAUCACUGCAAA